AAUAUAGUCCGCUCUACAGGAACAGAGAAAGUCAUUAUCCACAGCCUCGCAGCAGCACAGAUUAAUACUCCAAAUCUGUCAAGAUGAAUCUUCUCGUAGCGACUCUUUGCCUUCUUUGUUCAGUAACUCUGUGUGGAGCAGAGGACAACUCGACUAAUGUCACCCCCACGUCAACUACAACUGUCACUGGUACAACAAAGAGCACAGGAACAACUGGGACACCUGGUGCUGGUAUUACUAGUGGAACCAUUACAGGACCUACUGGUGGAAAUGCUACAGGAGCUACUAGUGGAAACGUUACAGAAUCUACUGGUGGAAACACUACAGAACCAAGUCAUCCCCCUCCAGAACCUUCAACAGGAGGUCUGUCAGGAGGAGCCAUAGCAGGCAUCACGAUCGGCACCAUCGCCGGGGUUGGUCUGCUGGGUGGGGGCAUCUACGGUCUACUGAAGUACACCAACAAGAUCUGAGGCCAGCUCUCAUCAACCAACCAAGGACUCAAAUAAUCAUACGUUUAAGCUGAAACUGUUCCCGUCUCAGCUUCAGACCUGAUCCUGGACUGGCCAAAUGGACCCUGCAGUGUUUUUGUCUGAAAGGCCCAGAUCUGAAUAAAACUGGAUUCCUUGAUGAUGACGUCCCGGGCCAAGAGGACGGCAAAAACCAACUGUAUCAUGAUGACUGGUCUGACUGGAACCAAGACGAUAAAUUUAAGCUGAUUAGUACUUUUUUAAUAUUUGUAUUUACUGGCAGGUAUUCAGUGGAGUUAGAAAAUUCUGAUUUUGGAAGAUGUAAUCUCUCUGUUGCGUGUCUGGUCCAAAUAACCAACAUUUAGAGAUAGUUUGCACAAAUUAACAUUUAUGCUUCUUUCCAGC